AAAAAUAUGUUUUGGCCAUACAAGCCAAUAAUAGCGUGAAGUAUGCUCUGAAGAGAAUCCUUAAAUUCGCUUUCAAGGUUUGCUUUAGGUUUUAGGGUUUCAGUCACACUUUCAAGUCAAUAGAACCAAAUAUGGCGAGUGAAGAGCUCCUCAAGCCUUUCUACCAGAGAGCCAUCCAAGCCGAGGAACGGUUAUCCAGACUUGAAGCUGUUCUAGCAGACAAGAAAGAUGAUGGAAAUCAGGAAGUUUCCAAAUUAAUAAGUGAACUACAAGCAAAGAUAGAAGAUGCAAAUGCUGAGACACGUUCAGAGCGAGAAAAGGCUAAGAAGCUGGCGGUGGAAAAUGAAAAACUCAAAUAUCGCAUUGCCCAUCUUGUCCAAGCAGUUAGGGAGGCUGAUCAGAAGUUAGAGAGUAUGAGAGAUGAUGGAAAUCAGGAAGUUUCCAAAUUAAUAAGUGAACUACAAGCAAAGAUAGAAGAUGCAAAUGCUGAGACACGUUCAGAGCGAGAAAAGGCUAAGAAGCUGGCUGUGGAAAAUGAAAAACUCAAAUAUCGCAUUGCCCAUCUUGUCCAAGCAGUUAGGGAGGCUGAUCAGAAGUUAGAGAGUAUGAGAGAUGAUGGAAAUCAGGAAGUUUCCAAAUUAAUAAGUGAACUGCAAGCAAAGAUAGAAGAUGCAAAUGCUGAGACACGUUCAGAGCGAGAUAAGGCUAAGAAGCUGGCUGUGGAAAAUGAAAAACUCAAAUAUCGCAUUGCCCAUCUUGUCCAAACAGUUAGGGAGGCUGAUCAGAAGUUAGAGAGUAUGAGAGGUCAUGUUUCAGAAGCAACGGCACAAACAUCAUCAAAGUUGGAGAACAUGAGAUUGUGAGUUUGGUCCUUCAGGAUUGACAUUUAGCUGAGAUAAAGUCUGGUACUUUGUCACUAAAGAAUGCUAUAUAUAGUUCACAUGUUUCUGUUGAAAGUGGUCUGAUUAUAACUCUGCAAGGCAAGACACCUGUAAACGUUUGCCUUUUGAAUUUAUAUAACCAUUUGGAUUGAUAUGGUACUUAGGAGGGAAAAAAAAAACAUGAAAGAAAAUGCCCUUUUCUUUGAAAUUCAGGUUUUGAGAAGUCCUGAAUAUGUGGAACUCUGUAGAAAGUCCUUUGGAUAUGGGAUGAGGCAGUAUUGAUGUAAGCAAGUAAAAAGAGAUAUCAACGAGUAGGGAUGAUAACAGUUUCGAUUAAGUUAUUUUUGGUU